CGAGCGUGCGCGCACACACUUGUGUGUCUCGCGGAGAAAAGGGAAGGCUGUCAUAAAGGUUAGAGGUAAGCGAGCGCUGCCGUCAGUCUGGGCGAGGAAUCAGAAAGCUCGCUGGGCUAAAGCUCAGGCUCCCCGAACAGAACAUUUGAACACAUAAGAAGGAGAAGGAGGAGAAGAAGGAGAAGAAGGAGAAGAGGCAGGUAUCAGAUGAGAGGCUGGACAGCUGCCUCACCUGUGUUCCCAGUCUAGAGGAUACACAGUGAAGACAAAAACGACUGCCUGCAGUAAGAGGUUGGAGCCAAGAAAGAAGGGGGGAGAGAGGGGAGUUGGAGCUCGGGGGCAGAACAAAAAAGGCACGUCUGGAGAAAAGCCGUGAUGGAUAAACUGCCUGUCUACCACGGACCUAUUGGCAAGGAAGAAGGGGAGAGGAGGCUGGGCCAGGACGGCCGAAACGGGAGCUACCUGAUCCGCAACAGCGACUCUGUGCCGGGUGUCUACUGCCUGUGUGUGCUGUUUGACGGAUACGUCUACACGUACAGAAUCCACCAAGAUGACGCAGGCUCAUGGGCCGCAGACACCACUCCCGGCGUGCAGAGACGAUAUUUCCGGCAAAUCAAGAACUUGAUAGCAGCUUUCCAGAAGCCCGGACAAGGAAUUGCCAUGCCUCUCCUGUACCCUGUCACCGCUCAGAGACCGGCACAAACGUACGCCGAGGAGGAGACGCCUGGUAAUAGCCUGUCACAGACGCACAGCGGCCCAGGCAUUUACUUCCAGCAGCAGCAGCAGCACCAGCAGCAGCAGCAGCAGCAGCAGCAGCACGCUGCAAAGAGACAUAAAAACAGGAACAAGAAGGAGGUGCGGCAAGCUUUCGGUUAAGCUGUCAAAUAGCCCUGAAUUAGAAUAAAAAAAUGCUGUCUAAUUCAUACGGUUUCAUUUCACAUGCUGCAUGUGAAGUGCUUUCUUUUUUUUUAUUGCUGUUUUUGAAACUCAUUUUUCCCCAUUUCUAGAAGUGACUCAGAUCCAGUAUCCCCCCCCUCCCCUUCUCCGAUCUGUUUCUUUUUCUACAAAUUCAGCACAGAGAGAGACAGAGAGAGCCCCAUAACUUUUCAGGGGUGUGAUGUAAGAUAUGCUGCUGCUGGCACAUUAAUAUCCAUUACUGCAUACGUAAAUUGACAACAAAUAUUGUGCUCUGUUUUCUUAAUGCAAUAGAGUUGUGUGCAUGGCAAAGGAAAUAAAUGAUAUUGACUGAAA